AUGUCUUCUCUCCAAUCAGCUACUGCCCUGCUUCACCACGCGGGAUCCGCAACUGCCGGCGCUAGUAACGCUGUGGCCACUAGUAGCGCCGCGAUUCGCGCCGGGAAAUCCGCACACGAUUCGUCGAUUUCCUUGCCAUCAAGCUUCCUUCCUCGCCUCGAUUCGACGCUCACCACCACCACUUCCUCCACCUCAUAUUCGUCACUCCCUUCCCCUUCUCUUAUCGCCGUCCGAUCGGCAUCUGCGAGUGCGGCGGGACCCGCCGCAAUUUCCGGCGGCCAAUCACAGAACGGUGCCGUCCGGGACCGGGUGAUCGCGAUCCCGGAUCUCGAGGAGGAUUUCGCGCCGGAGGUGAACGGGACGUACGGGAAGGGCGGCAGCGUGGAGGACGAUGCGGCCGCCGUACGCGGCGGAUUAAUCGACGGCGGGCUCGUGUACAGGGAGCGGUUCGUCAUCCGGUGCUACGAAGUCGGCGUUAAUCGAAAGGCUUCUAUGGAGACCAUCGCGAAUCUGCUGCAGGAAAUAGGGUGCAACCACGCGCAGAGCGUGGGGUUCUCCAACGACGGUUUCGCCACCACGCCAGCGAUGCUUGCGAAUCGCCUCAUCUGGGUUACCACUCGCAUGCACAUCGAGAUGUACAAGUAUCCCAAAUGGGGUGACGUGGUGGAGAUUGACACGUGGUUCCAGGAUGGCACCAUCAUGUCGCGCCGUGAUUGGAUCAUCCGCUUCGGCCACACAGGGGAGGUCAUCGGUCGAGGCACCAGUUCAUGGGCCAUGAUGAAUCGCGAUACAAGGCGCCUCUCCAAGGUGCCUGCUGACGUGCGCGCCGAGCUCACAGUGCAUUGCCCCAACCCUGAGAGGUUCUCUAUUCCGAAGAGCAGCGUUGCAAAAAUCAACAAACUGGAAGAGCCAGCAGACCACGUGCGGCCAUACCUCCGGCCUAGGCGCAGCGAUUUGGACAUGAAUCAUCACGUCAACAACGUCACUUACAUUGCAUGGAUGCUUGAGAGCCUGCCGCAGUCCCUCUUGGGAUCAUACGAGCUGGCUGAAAUCACCAUCGAUGGGUUGAUCCCAAGCCUGCCGCAGUCCUUUGUGGGAUCAUACGAGCUCGCUGAAAUCACCAUCGAUGGGUUGAUCCCAAGCCUGCCGCAGUCCCUCUUGGGAUCAUAUGAGCUGGCUGAAAUCACCAUUGAUUAUCGUCGGGAGUGCGGGCAGGACGACGUGGUUGAGACACUUGCCAAGGAUAUCGUUUCGCCUGAUAUUUCACCUGAAGUUUCACCUGGGGAGGGUGCAGCUGAGAAGGUGGUGUCCUGUGCUGGUGCUACUGCUGCAGCUGCUUCUGUUGCUGGUAGCAGUGGUGGGAGUGUGAAUGGGACUGCUGUGCUGGAAAUGGAAAAAGGAAAUGGGAGUGUCGCUGCUGUUGCUGCUGUUGCUGCUGCUGUUGCUGCUGCUGCUGCUGUUGCUGCUGUUGCUGCUGCUGCUGCUGCUGCUGCUGGGGCUACCCCUGCUGCUGCUGCUGCUGCUGGGGCUGAGGGGUUGCCUGCGGCCGAGCCUGCAGCCUUACCAGCAGUGCCAGUCGCCAAACCUGCAGUAUUCCCUACCAAGCUUGUUGCCGAGCCUGCAAGGUUCCCCGCCGCACCUGAUGCCCUCCCUGCAGUGCCAACCGCCGCGCUUGCAGUAGUGCCGACCAAGCCAGCUGCCGAACCAGAUGAGUUGCUGACCAAUCCGGCUGCCGAGCCUGCAAGCCUCCCAGCAGAGCCUGCCGCCUUACCUGCAGUGCCAGCGGUGGAGCCUGCAAUGGUGCUGACCAAACCUGCUGCCGAACCUGCCACCUUCCCUGCAGUUCCAACCGCCGAGCCUGUAACAUUGGUUGCCAAGCCUGCUGCCGAGCUUGCAAGAUUGCCUGCGGAUCCUGCUGCCUUUCCUGCAGUUCCGAUUGCCGAACCUGCAAGGUUGGUUGCCAAGCCGGCUGCUGAGCCUGCGAGGUUCCCUGCAGAUCCUCCCACCUUUCCUGCAGCGCCCACAGCUGAACCUGCAGCGCUGCCCACCAAGCCUACUCCCGAACCUGCAAGGCUUCCCACCGAACCUGCCGCCUUCCCUGCAGUUCCUACCGCCGAACCUGCAACACUACCCACCAAGCCUGCCGCCUUCCCUGCAGUUCCUACCGCCGAACCUGCAACACUACCCACCAAGCCUGCCGCCGAACCUGCCACCUUCCCCGCAGAGCCUGCCACACUCCCCGCUGCCCUCCCCACACCAAAAACAGCUCCGGGGACAUCCGAAAUCAACCCAGCUGGAGCCACAUUGAGGUUUGGCGAGCCUCCAAAACUGGCUCGGGCGCCUGCCGAGCCUAUGUCUGCACCCGCACCGGCGGCCAAACCAGUCGAGGCAGUGAUGGGAGUGGAGGAGAGGGGGCCUCUGGUGCAGGGGUUGCGAGGGAGGAUGGCUGGAGGAGUGGAGGGCUGCAGGGCUAUGCCCUGUGCUCUGAUCUUGUAG